AUGACGAGGAUGGGGCGAUGGCACGUGGCGCUGGUCGCGCUGGCGGUGCUAUCCAGCGCAGGCAUCAACGCUACCGCCGAGCAGAUGCAAUCUCGCGCCGUUGAUACUGGCGUUGACCUUCGCGUGCCCGAAGACCAGCCCGUUGGUACCAUAGUUGGAAAAAUCCCCACUAAGCACGGUUUCACUUAUCGAUUUAAUGAACCUCCCAAGGAGUUUACGCUCGAUCCAGUAUCUGGUGAGAUUAGGACUAACUUAGUUCUUGAUAGGGAAGCUGUAGAUCGGUACGCCUUCGUUGUAUUAUCAAGUCAGCCUACCUAUCCGAUAGAAGUGCGAUUAAGGGUAACGGAUGUGAAUGACAAUAAUCCGGAGUUUCCUGAACCGAGCAUAGCGGUGGCGUUUUCUGAGAGUGCAGCGGCUGGAACAAAACUGCUGCUCGAUGCUGCUACUGAUAAGGAUUUAGGAGAAAACGGUAUCACUAACGAUUACAAAAUUGUAGAUGGUGAUAUUGAGGGCAAAUUUCGUCUCAACGUUACUGUUAAUCCAAGCGGUCAAACUUCUUACCUCCACCUAGAAACAACGGGCAAGUUAGACAGAGAAACUACUGAUUUCUAUGUCCUUAACAUAUCAGCACGUGAUGGUGGUAAUCCACCGAAAUACGGGUAUCUACAAGUGAAUGUAUCGAUAUUAGACGUUAACGAUAAUCCUCCUAUAUUUGAUCAAAGUGACUUUUCAGUGUCUCUAAAUGAAAGUGUACCACCCGGAACCACAGUUCUUAAGGUAACGGCUACUGAUAGUGAUCUAGGUGAUAAUAGUAAAAUAAGUUAUGAAGUAACCGAUACUGAAAAACAAUUUGCGGUAGAUCCUGAGUCUGGAGUGAUAACAACUGCGAAGAAGCUGAAUUGCCCUAAGUAUUGUAGUAAUACAACUUGUAAUAUGACUUGUGUUCUUACUGUAAUUGCUAAGGAUCAUGGUGUGCCUCGACAGGAUGCACGUACUUACGUCACAGUUAAUCUUAUAGAUGCUAAUGACCAUGACCCGGUUAUAACAUUUACGUAUGUCCCGCCAACAGCUAAUUUUGCAACUGUUGAUGAAAAUGCAAAAAAUGGGUCACUUGUAGCUGCUAUUACUGUUACAGACUUAGAUGCAGGUUUAAAUGGUAUCACUAGUGUUAGUAUCGUUGCAGGUAAUGAACUCAAUCAUUUUCGGUUGGAAAAUUCAUCAAGUGUAUACAUUGUUCAUGUUAAUGGUGUCUUAGAUAGAGAAGAAAUUAGUAAAUAUAAUUUAACUGUUGUUGCUACAGACAGAGGAUCACCCCCACGUACUGCUACCUCAUUUUUAGUUAUCCAUGUUAAUGAUGUAAAUGACCAUGAACCUGUUUUUGAAAAAUCUGAAUAUUCAGCAGUAUUAACGGAACUAGCUCCGUCGGGAUCUUAUGUAGCAAGUAUUACAGCAACUGAUGAAGAUACUGGGGUAAACGCUGAAAUUUAUUAUGAUUUUUACGAUGGAAAUCAACAGCAGUGGUUUUUCAUCGACCAUUUGACAGGUUUAGUGACAACUAAAUCAAUUUUGGAUCGUGAAAUUCAAGGAACAGUCGAGUUAAAUGUUUCAGCCAGGGAUGGCGGUCCAAACCCAAAGUGGGCUUAUACUAGAUUAAAGAUAACUAUUUUAGAUGAAAACGAUGAAGCACCUAGUUUUUCACAGCCUCAAAUAAACGCAUCCCUACAUGAAAAUAUAAAACCUAUUAAAGAAAUUCUCAUUCUUACUGCAUCUGAUUACGACCAGGGUACAAAUGGUUCAGUCUCAUACUAUUUACCAUCGAGUAUCGAGAGAAAAUAUCCUAACACAUUUGUAUUAGAUCCUAUAACAGGGCAAUUAAGUACGGUAAUAGAAUUAGACAGGGAAAGAAUACCCCUGUAUGAAAUACAAGUUCUUGCCAAAGAUCAAGGAUUUCCUCCUCAGUCAUCGACAGCCACCGUACUACUGAAAGUUUUGGAUGUUAAUGAUAAUGAUCCAAUGUUCUAUCCGCAAAGGUAUAUUGAAAGUAUAAACGAAGAAUUACCUGUUGGAACAAAUGUAUUGCAAGUGAAAGCAUUAGAUUUAGACGAGGGUGAAAACGCUAGGAUUAUGUUUAGACUGGAGAGCGGCGGUGAAGGAUACUUUGACGUUGAACCAUGGACUGGUAACGUUGUGCUUCAAAAGGAUUUUCGUAAGGCCCCAGAGACAAUGUAUACGUUAAAAAUAUCAUGUAAGGAUAAAGGAAAUAGAAGAGCGUUUGAAGAUGCCAUCGUCGAAAUAGUAAAAACGUCACAACGCAAUAAUCUUCAAUUUGAUGGUUAUAAUGGAUAUAAUUUUAAAGUUCUAGAAGAUGACGGUACCUCAAAACCAGAUUUAGGUCGAUAUGUGGGCAAAGUAAACGCAAGAAUAUCAAGUGAUACAAUAUCCUACUAUAUAUUAGAAGGUGAUUCUAAGCACGUCUUCAAAAUGGAUGAAAAAACAGGUGUGAUUACUACAGACUCGAAUGUUGAUCGGGAAGAUAAAAUGACAUAUCAUUUAAAAGUUAUGGCUAAAACCGGCGUUGCAUUUGGGUUUACAACAGUCAAUAUUUCGGUGUUGGAUGUUAACGAUAACUAUCCUAUCUUUAUUGAAGACAAAGAUGAAAUACAUAUACUUGAAAAUAUGGCUGUAGGACAAGAAGUAUAUUUUGCUAGAGCGACUGAUCGUGACUCGGGUUCUAAUAGAACAAUCUUUUAUACACUGAGUUAUAACCCAGAAACCAACUUUCGUAUUUCAGAAACAACGGGUGUUAUUUAUUUGAAUAAACCAAUAUCUGGAGAACCUGGGAGCGUGAUGUUUAUUGAGGUAACUGCUACUGAUAACGGUAGUCCUGCUUUAGCAGCAAAACACUCAAUAUCAGUAAUCGUUGAUGAUGUCAAUGAUCACACUCCAGUAUUUGAUCAUACUUCUUAUGAAACGUCUUUACUUGAAUCUACUUUGGUGAACACUAGAUUUUUUGCAAUAUCUGCCUCCGAUGCCGAUCUUGGUGCUAAUGGAAGGAUUUCUUAUUACAUUGCGGAAGGAAACACAGAUGGAAAAUUUGGAGUAUUUCCAGAUGGAUAUCUAUACGUAAAAAGCUUAUUGGAUAGGGAAGAGAAAGACUAUUACUCACUGACAAUAAUAGCCACUGAUCAUGGCAAACCUGCAAGAACAUCUCAAGUGCCAGUAGUAAUUCAUGUUUUGGAUGAAAAUGACAAUAGCCCACAAUUUACAAAUACUACAUUUAUAUUUAAAAUAAAGGAAAAUGAACCACCCGACACAUUUGUUGGUAAAUUAACCGCAGUAGAUAGAGAUAUUGGACGUAAUGCAGAAUUGACAUUUUCCCUGCCUAUCGCACAAAACGAUUUUAGAAUAGAUUCUAGAAAUGGUUUUAUCAAGACUUUGACAUCUUUUGAUAGGGAAAGUCUAGCGCGUAUUACCGGUCAGAAUUAUAUAACAUUAACAGUAACCGUUAGUGACAAUGGUAAAAUUAAAUUAUCAGAUUCUGUAAGGGUAACAAUUUACAUAACAGAUGUUAACGAUAAUGCUCCUAUAUUUAAAAAUACCCCCUAUAAUGUUGAAGUUUCCGAAGGUGCCGCUGUAGGAGCUUCUAUAAUGCGAGUCCACUCGACAGAUGCUGACGAAGGAUUAAAUGGAGAUAUUUAUUAUAAAUUAAUAGGUGGCGAUGAUCUCGGCAAGUUCUCCUUGGAUGAAGCAACUGGGCAGUUAAUUAUUAAUAAGCCACUGGAUCGAGAGACAACGGACAGAUAUCAUCUUACAGUAAUAGCUCAUGAUUCAAGUCCAACUGUACAACUUUCAGCAACAACAACUAUUACAGUCCAGGUUAAUGAUGAAAAUGAUAACGCACCAGUAUUUAUCCAGACACAAAUGAGAGUGUCAGUCUUAGAAACGGAACCUGUGAAUAAAAAGAUAAUUCAAUUUCAUGCGACAGAUGCUGAUCUUGGUAUCAACCGAGAACUGCAGUUUUCUAUUACAACAGGAAACAGGAAAGAAGCAUUUUUUAUUGAUAGUUACUCUGGCGAGUUAUUCUUACAUAAACAACUUGAUUAUGAAGACUUGACAUCGUAUGUUUUGAAUAUAACUGCUACGGAUAACGGUAAUCCAAGUCUAUCAUCCAGUAUAUCAUUUACAGUAACUGUGAUAGAUGCGAAUGACAAUGCUCCUAUUUUUACAAAUACAGCCAUUGUGCGUCAAAUAAGAGAAGGUAUACCAAAGCACACGCCAAUAGUUACCGUCACCGCAGAGGACCCAGAUUCAGGACUAAACGGCAAAGUUUAUUAUUCCAUCACGCACCAAGAUCCCAACGACAGUAAGCGUCACUUUGCCAUAAAUAACAUCACUGGGGUCAUACAUACUUUGUUACCUAUUGAUAGAGAAAGCAUUGACACAUUCAGAAUAACUGUUGCCGCUUAUGAUAGAGCCGAGCCACCAUCAAUGCGGCUCUCGGCUGAGAAAUUAGUUACUGUAAUCGUUGAAGAUAUUAACGAUAACGCUCCAAUUUUUGUGUCAAUGAAUGCUGCUGUACUCGACACCGACAGACUCGGAAGAAGUACAGGUCGCGGCAUAUUUAUAAUGAAUGUAUUAGCUCGUGACAUAGAUUCAGGGACAAACGGUUUGGUCACUUAUAAACUCAUACAUGGAGGUAAUGACUUAUUCGAUUUGCACAGAAGUAACGGUGCUUUGACUUUACGUUAUCCUCCGGCAACUUCUGAAGCGCGAUGGAACUUGGUUAUAAAAGCUACAGACGAGGCCGUCCUUAGUGAACAAAAAAGCACUGAGACUUAUCUCACUGUGAUAAUGGGUGGUACUGAGCUUCAAGGGGUAACGUGGACAAACGUCGAAUCAGUUUCUGUGGCUGAAAACGAACCCGCGGGAACCGCUGUGCUAAACUUAACUAAUAACUAUAAAUCGGGCUUAGAAUAUUACAUAGUGAAUGUGACUGGUGAUGGUAGGCAAGUGGACAGGUUGUUUGACAUCGAUUCCUCCUUGGGAAUAUUAUCAACGGCAAUUUCCCUUGAUCGAGAGGCUGGUAUGGAGCGGUAUGAUGUGGAAAUAUGCGCCGUGUCUUCUGGGGCUCCGCUUAAAACGACUACUACAAAGGUACGUAUCCAAAAAAUAAUAUAA